AAUAACCUCAUAGUGUAGGAGAGAGGAAGUGGGAGGAAAUUGUCGUCGUGCGUCAUGCAAGUUGAAACUGCUAAACAACUACUGAAUAGUUCAUGGGAUACUGAAACGCAACAAGUACACGGUGGCCAAACUUGGAGAGCGUUAGGAGACAAGUUUGUCGAAGAUUUCUCCGUUACAACUAAUGCUUUUGGUGCUCCGUUGAAAGCAGUUGAAGCUGCGAAACGUGCGUUGGAGACAAAUAUCCAUCACUAUCCUCCAGCAGAUUGUGCUGAAGCCACACAAGCUUUAGCAAAGUUUAUGCAAUGGGAUGGUAAACGACUACUUUUGGGAAACGGUGCUAGUGACUUUAUCGAUCUUUUUAUGCGUUGUGGUACGAGGGGCUCAUUUCGUCCUGGUCCUUAUAUUGCGUCGUAUAUGGAAUAUUACAGAGCUGCAAAAGCUGCUGGGAGAGAGAUUCUCUCUUCGUUUGACUCUCCAGAAAACUCUGGAGUUACUGUCAUCAUUCGACCCAAUAGUCCUACUGGAGAUUUCAUGAUCUUAGAAGAACUGGAAACCAUUUUGCAAAACAACAAGUAUGGUCUUGUUGUUAUAGAUGAAAGUUUCAUGCCUUUCAAAGGUCCCGAAUGGAGAAAGGAAAGUGCUCUCCAAUUGAUUGAUACUUACCCAGGGCGACUUGUGGUAAUUCACUCCUGGACUAAACUUUGGUCUUGUCCAGGAAUACGUUUAGGUAGUGUUGCUACUAGCAGUGACUGGAUAAAGGAAGCAAAGCGUUUACAGAUCCCGUGGUCAUGUAAUACUGUAGCUCAGGCAUUUUUGAUUGCUGCAUGUUCAGAUAAUGAGUAUAUGCAUCAAACAUGGAACACAUUACCAGAAUGGAAGAGACAACAAGAAAACAUCAUUCGAGAGAUGGGAUGGAAAUAUAAUACGAAAUCACCUCUGUGGGUUCCGUGGGUAUUCGUAGAUUGUGGAAACGCAACGAUUGCCGAACAAGCGGCAGCAGUUGCUUUGUCGGUUGGAUGUCCUGUUCGACAUUGCGCUUCCUUUGGAUGUCCGCAUUAUAUACGUCUCGGAGUUCGUGAACCAAAGUAUCAACAAAUACUGUACAAGGCCUGGAAAAACCAUUUUGAUAGUCAAAGCAAGGAAUAGUUAAUAAAGUAUUUUUAUUAGGC